CUGAAGUUCGUUUGUGUAUCCAUGUGACUAAUAAUAACGGGUAACGCUACCAUGUCGCUUUUGUACCUCGCCUUUCUGCUGUUUUUUUCUGGGGGGGUUCUUUUUCUGCGGCAGGCAACUGUGAAGUCUGUGUGGGCUUUCUUCAUAGAAUGUAUGGCAGUCUGAACUCAGCCCACAGAGAACUCACUCCUGCCAUGGUAGAGGAAGAGCUGCUCCAUACCUGCACUUUCGCCAAGGGGAAGGAGGCAAGGCUGUGUUAUUAUCUAUGAGCCAGUAGUGACGCAGCAACCCGUGUCAUAGCAUCAGUGUCUCGACCUUUGGCCUCCCAUGUCCCUGUUGAGAAGGUCUGCCAGCGCCUCAGUAGUAGAGACACACAGAUCUGUCAGCUCAGAUAUGAGCGUCAGCUAAGGGAUCUGAGCAGUGAUGGACUCAAAAAGCUGAGAGUUGUGGAGCUGAGGAGUAUUUUGGCCUCAUGGGGAGAAGAGUGUCAAGGCUGCCUGGAGAAACAUGAGUUUGUCAGCCUCAUUCAGGAGAAAGCACCGUUGCAUGAUCAUAUUGUAGAGCUGUGAUACUGAACUGUAUAGUCCAAUGCUACAAUGCAAUUUUUUGCAUGAAAAAAUGUUUUAAAGUUUACCAAAAAUUGUUGCCAUCUAAAGCUAAUCCAUUUCUGUUGAUCUACUAAACUGAUUUUGUGCACACAAAUUAUUUUAAAAUGUUCAAUGUGGAAACACAAGGAGCAGUGCAAAAAAACGUACUUGCCUGAUUUAUUCUAUGUAUGUACAUGCACAUUUAUUGUAGAUCUUCAAACAAAAAACAUACAAACAAUUUUUUAUUCAAGCAAAGGCUAUCCAAUAUCUAUAUCACCAAUGCCAAAGAGUAAUUGCUUCCAUAAACUUAAACCUGGUUGUGCCAACUUUAGCAGCAAUAAAACACUUCCAAUAACUGGA